AUGGGCCCUGUAGAAAAAAGCGGAUCCAAUGUCGCAAAUAAUGUUUCCAAAAUCCUCGCAGCUUCUGAAAUAAAUGCUGAAACGGGCGAUGAUGCCUCGAGAAUUCCGGAAGAGGUGAUGUCUAAUGUAGGCAAUAGACAAUCGCCUCCGCCUGGUCAGAAACCAGCGAACUCACUCAUCUACCACUCGCUACAUCCAGAGCAAAUAUUUUCCAAUUAUCAAGGAUUUUACUUGGUUCCAUCCUCGACAUUCGAUGCUGCAAGUCGAGAAGAUAUUCAGGAUUUAAUAGUGAAGAAUGGUAGUGUAGUUAUUUCUGGGGAUAACGACAACACCCCUCCACCUGACUCUCUAACAAGCGGCAUUACUGUCAUUGCUGACAAUAUCGAUUUUCCCGAAUAUGAGACGCUUUGUGACCAGCUGGUUUCCGUAAUUACUCCACAAUGGGUUCGUGAUUCAGUAGCGCAAGGAAAACCGCUUCCAUAUCGCCCAUACUCGCCGGAUCCUCAUCUGUUUUUCUCGGGCAUCAUGGUUUGUGCAGCUGGACUUUCACAGGGAGAUCGUGAAGCUAUCUAUGCCGGUGUCACAGCAUAUGGUGGGCUAUAUGAUAAUCGUCUCACGAAAUUCACAACUCAUAUUAUAACUACAAAUAUCAACGAAGAAAAGUGCCAAAGGGUAUUACAAAUGGAUCUACCUCACAAAUUAAAAAUAGUUUUGCCUCAUUGGAUAGACGAUUGCUUGAAACUGGGCAGAAGAGUUGAUGAAUCAUUGUAUUUAUUUCCCAACCCCUCUGUAUUAGCCGCUUCGGGGGACGAUGUUGACAGUCUACCAAAACCAUCUCCUUCUAGUGAUCCCUCAAUUGGACCAUUUUUCAAGUCUGACUUAACUGUGGCCAAGUCAUCUAACAUAUUUGCUGGGAAACGUUUUUAUAUCGCUGAAGAUUUUGGAUUAUCUGCAUCUAUUCUAACAAUGAUCCACGAAAUGAUUGCGAACUGCGAAGGUACAAUAGUUACAACGGUACAAGAGGCUAAUGUCUAUGUUGGAAAAUACAGAUAUGGGGAGGCUUAUAUCCAGGCGUCUCGCAGAUCUAGUUGUACAGUUGGAAAUUUAGAUUGGGUAUACUGGAUGGUAUCGCACCACAAAUGGAACUCUCCUCUAAGGAUGCUACUCCACUAUCCUCUAGGAAGAGAUGGCGUUCCAGGUAUGAAGAACUGCUUAAUUUCUUUAACCAAUUUCACAGGACCUGCUCGUCGAUUUAUAGAGAGGCUAAUUGUUGCAUCUGGGGCCAGUUACUCCAGCUCGUUAAAAAUGGAAUGUACACAUUUAAUCACCGCCAGACCGUCAGGGCGCAAGUAUGAAGCUGCUCGUGAGUGGAAUAUUCACGUUGUUAAUCACUUGUGGCUAGAAGAAUCUUACUCACUCUGGGAAAUGCAAUCGGUGGCAAUACUCAGAUAUAUUCACUUCCCUCCACUUCUGGAUCUAACCUCUUUGGUUGGUCAGACCCGAUUAAAAAUGAAACAUAUACGAAAGUUUUUUGCACCACAGCAUGAGCUUGAGCCCGUAAUGAGAACACCACGGGCCGCGAGUGAAAAGGCUAAGCAAGCAGUUCAUGAGUCAAUGGCAAAAGAGACUGAAUAUUUAGAGAAAUUAAAGUCGAAGAGGAAGCAUUUACCGCCCUUGGCAGAAGAGAUUGAGAGCCAGCCUAAGAAAAAGAGGGUGGUGGGGGCUGAUGAAAGCAAGGAGAGUGGAGGAGAGCACGAGAAAGGGAGUGACCAAAAUGAAAGCAAAAAUGGUGAUAAACAUUCACCAAACCAAACCAAGCAUACUAUUAACGACAUCGAGCAAGUAGCCCGAGAACAAAAUGUGGUUCCCACCUCUUCUCCAGCAACUCGUAAUAUCGCACCUGAUAGUCCUGUACAAGAACCAACAGUAGUACAAUCGAACGGUUCUAGAAAUGCUGAAGUUUCGACACCCCCAUCAAGAUUGAAUGUUAUUCUCACGUCUGUUGCGGACCAGGACCAACCCAGCACAGCCAAAACAGAAGAAGUAUCUAUUUUCCAAGUAACAGACCCUCUUAAAGCUGACUACAUCAUAUCGCCAAGAGUAGUACGAACAGAGAAGUUCCUAUCUGCAUUGGCCACUGCCAAGGCAGUUUUAAAACCCGACUAUCUUUCCGCCUGUAUAUCAACAAAAUCUCUUUUGUGGCCAAUUCCAACUAAAUAUAUCCUUGGUAAUAAGGAUCUGCAAGCAGCACUUGUGAGGUCUGCUAAAUUAAGAGAGAAGAACAAGGGCCUGUUUGAAGGAUAUUCUUUCAAUGUCACUCCGGAUAUCAAUGGUGGGGUAGAUACGUUCAACCGGGUCGUGAUGGCACAUGGGGCCUCCAGCUCUCGUGUCAUCAGCUCGUCCAAGAUUCGCAAUUUUAACCAGUCCGUGAACGACAGAGCCAUUUUGAUAACGGCGGAGAAAAAUGAGAAAAUAGCGAAGGGAUUCAAAGAAAUGGUAGGAAGCGACGUGAAGCCUUAUGUAUUUACCUCUGACUGGGUCUACCAGUCUAUCCUCAAUAUGUCGAUUGAUUUCAAGAAAAGUACCUAUGCAUUGUAG